AUGUCGGGCCAGUCUAAGGAGAUGUACUUCCUCAACCAGAUGAACCAACAGCUGAUGGAGAACCCUGACAUUGUCCUACCAGAGGGGAGGGUGUCAGGAGCGGGAACCAUCUCAGCGCAGCAGGCCAGUACAGGUCAGGGGUGGAGUGGGGCUGGAAAGGAUGGUGGGGAGUCUGGCAGUGUGGUCCUGAAGAUCUCAGUGCUCCUGGUGAAUGCCUUAGUGGACCCUUCUCAGGGCCAGGUCAACAAAACCAUACACACACCUGAGCUGGACAUUAGUCUGCAGGUAAUGGAGGCCAACAGUACAGACACCUCUUCCCUCUCAGCCAGGGGAAACACCAUGGACAUCAACCUAAAGGCUCUGGCCAGAAACAAUAAUGGUACAGCAUCAGCAGUAUUCCUGACAGUCAGUGGGAUGGAGAGCCUUCUGGGUGCUAGCUUCUUGCAGACAGAAAACCACACAGAGAUGUUGUCUGAUGUCAUCACCGCCACACUGCCCAAGAUCAACCACACCCAGCUCUCUGAGCCUGUCAACUUCACCAUGAGCCACAAGAGGAGGUUGGCUGAGCCUGGCCUGAUUACCUGUGUGUACUGGGAGGACAGAGGAAUGGAAUAUGAGAAUGGAACCAAGGGGAGGCAUUGGUCAGUGAACGGCUGUUGGGUUGUGUUCUCUGAUGAGAACUACACAGUGUGUAGCUGCUCUCACCUCUCCACCUUUGCCCUCAUCAUGCAGACAGGAGAGACUGUGUCAGAGGACAAUCCCUUCCUAGAGUGGGUGAACAGAAUGUGUGUGAUCGUGGGCCUGGUCUUCUUUGCUCUGGCCAUCCUCACCUUCCUGCUGUGUAGCUGGAACCCUAAGAUCAACAACACAGCCCGCCUCCACCUCUGCCUCUGCCUCUUCCUGUCCCAUCUGCUGCUGCUAUUGGAUUACACCUACCUCACUCACAAGCUGGUGUGCUCCAUCAUGGCAGGUCUCCUCCACUUCCUGGUAGUGGCCAGUUUCCUGUGGAUGCUGCUGGAGGCGCUCCAGCUCUAUCUGCUGGUCCAGAGACUCUCUAGGAUCCAGGUCAUCCAGAGGGAAGGCCUCCAGAAGAAAUACCUCUUCCUGAUUGGCUAUGGCAUUCCCCUGGUGAUCGUGGGUGUGUCUGCAGCUGUGAAACGUGACGGCUAUGGGGGAUCUAAAGUAUGCUGGCUGAAGCCAGAACAAUACUUUACCUGGGCUGUGUUAGGGCCAGUGUGUACUGUCCUAGCACUGAACUGGAUAUUGUUCUGCGUUACAAUCUGGAGUUUGAGACCUACCUUGGCUAACAUGAAGAGUGAUGUCUCACAGUCCAAAGACACCAGACUGAUCAUCUUUAAGAUCCUGGCACAGUUUGUGAUCCUGGGUUGUACCUGGGUGCUGGGCUUGUUCCAGUCCACCAUGGUCUUCAAGUACCUCUUCAUCGUGCUCAACUCCCAGCAGGGCACCUUCCUCUACAUCGUUCACUGUCUCUUCAACAAGGAGGUACGUGAUGAGUACAGGAAGUGGCUGGGCUGUUCUUCCAGCUCCUCUACUCCAGACUCUAUGAAAGAAGCACCUUCCGUCUCUGAAGACCUGGACAAGGCUGGUGAAGAGAGACAAAACAAAGGAACACGGCCAGGAUGAGAGCAACAUGAUACGAUACCAUCAGACCUUCAAAGCAUUUCAGCACAGUGGGCCUCCACGGUACAUUUUCAAUGCACACUGUACACACUAAGUAUGAGAGAGAGAGAGAGAGAGAGAGAGAGAGAGAGAGAGAGGUGUGUUUAUAUGGAUGCUAAUGACUCCGAUAACACAGCCUGACCUUUUGUAUUUACUCAUAUUUCCUUUAUCUACAUAAAACAAUGUUUUAUUAUCCUGCAAAUGUAUUUAUAGAAUUUCAUAUAUUUAUAAAUUAUAUACACAUUAGUUACAGCAUAUUUACCUGUGUGCAAAAUAAACAAAUGAAAAUGUGUAGGUUGCAGUUGUUUAUAUAUAAAUGAAUAACUGCGUCUCUACCUGCUUUGAGUCUAGCGUUUACCAUUGGAUUGUCCAUCAGGGACAAUAAAGAUUUAUUCAAUGGAAUCCCUGUGGCUGAGCCCAGAUAAGAAAGUCCCGGUCGGCUGCAGUCUGAAGUGUUUUGAGAGCAUAGCGACUGGGUUUCCAGACAGAUGGCACAGGAGGGGUGAGGAGAGGACAGGAGGGCAUCCUCUCAGAGCUAUAAUAAAAUAGCUGGAAGAGAGCCACGGUUGGAGACAGACAAUACUGCGUUUGCAUACUGUUGUAAUGCCCUCUUUUCACCACACGGUGACAGCACCUAAACAUCAAUGCUCUUGCUCUCAUUGGAGUUAGGAGUUAAAGUGAGGACACAGGUCUUCUGUUGAUGGAGAGAUACCAUUGGGUGAAGGCCUUUGUUCCAGCCAUGAUUCAAUUGAUUAACAAAUAAUGAAAACCUGGUGGGGUUGUAGGGAGAGAGAGAAAGACAUAAAUAUGGAGAUGGAUAGAUAGAUGUCAGGACAAGUCAACUGGAGGAGGAGAUAGAGAGGCAUACAGAGAUGGAUGGAAAUAAAGGGAGAUUCCCAGACGGGUGAAUGCAGCCGCAGGAGUGAAAGAGAGUACAAUAGUGGGACAGAGAAGAAGAAGAUGAAGAUAAAGAAGAAGUAGGUGGAGGAAAAGGAGGAGGCUGGUGUGGGGUGUUUUGCUCCGAGUCACAGUGCUGCUAGUCUCUUUGCCUGUUACCAUGGGAACCCAGCUGCAGUGCUUGCUGGAGUCGUGCUGGUCUGUCAGCCGGGAAACGCUGUUGGGUUAACAGCCCUGCUCUUUGAGUUCGAAUGAGUUAGACUUUGUCAAAAUAGUCAGGAAUAAACUCCAAACCAUGUUAAAAAUUGAUGCAGUGCGCCUGGGGGUGUUUAGUAUACAAAGUUGCUAGGCAGCUAACUAAUCACCCACUGGGCACAGAUGUCAGUUGAACGUCUAGUUUUGAUUGACAUUUGGUUGAGUUGUCAACUAUUGUCAAAAAAUGCACUAUGUCAUUGGAUUUAGGUUAAAAGUUGGGUGA